CCUCAUUGGGGAGGGGGCGCGCGGCUGCGGUCCCUCUGCAGAGGGCUGCGCGCUCCGCGGCCUCCGGAGCUCCUCGUUGUUUGGGCCCGUGCACCCCGACCUCGGGAGCAGGGCUGGCCCGAGACCGCGACGCUCUGGGUUGGUCUUUGAAUAAAGGAGAAUUUUAUCCAGGAAAGAGCUUCAAUUCAAAGAGGAAAUAAAGGAAGAAAUCAUAAGCAACAGGUGAACAAGGCAUUUGUGUCCUGAAGAAGCCAUAGACACAGCUGUGGAGCGAGAGCAGGGUGGACCCCCAGGAGAAACUGGACUUGGUGUGAUAUAUUCGUCCCCAAAGGCUUCAAGAGGAGGAGAGAGGAGACUUUUCCGAGAAUGAAAGAGUGCAGUGUGAAAAUGGAGAGCAGAGUUUCUGAGAUUCAGAUAGAAACCAAGGAGGAGAAGGCGCCAGUAGCCGUUAGUCCUCAGGAGGAGAGGCAGGAGGGAAAAACGGGCACGCUUUGCUUCAAGAGAAGGAAGAAAGCCAACAGGACGCAGCCUAAAGCUGGUUCCAAGACUGCCGAGGUCACAAAGAAGCGCCCCCCUGAAGCCGGGGACCCCGCUCAGCCACAGCCAGCGGGGGCCUGGGCCUCCGUCAAACGCCUCGUGACACACAGGAAAAGGUCAGAGUCUUCGAAGAAGCAGAAGCCAUCGGAGGCCGACAUGCAGCCUGAGGACGUGGCUCUUCCUAAGAAGAAGGCAAAAUCCAGACUUGGGAUUCCUUGCCUAAGAUUCUCAAGGGGGGCCAAGAGACGUCAUCACGCUAAACUCACCGAAGACUCAGACUACAACAGCAGAGUCCAGGGAGGGGCUGACGAUUUGGAGACAAAAACCCAGACCCAGUCAGCUGGCCAGGCUAAGUCCACACAGGGCCGACAGGAAGGUGUGUUGGUGGAAGAUGGUAAGGAGGCCCAAGAAUCACGGGUGAGCAACAGUCUCACAUCCAGAGGGAACGUGGUUUCCGUGGACCUGGAGUUAGAAAAUGAGUCUUCGGCGGUUCAGAUGGGCACUCCCGUGCUGGAAAAGGAACCGAAAGUGAGCACGGAAAAGCAAAGCGUACAAGCGCAGCAAGCAAGUCCACUUGAGAGUUCGGAAGCAGGCAGCCCUCGUCCCGUGGCCUCUGACGCCCCUGCCUCACCAGCAACCGCGUAUCAACGCAGCGUGGAAGCACCUAGUGGCGGCACCCAAGAAAGUGUUCCAAGGGGGGAAGAUGACGGAAGUAGACGGAGUGCUGCCCAAGAGAAGCCAUCAGGAGAAAUUACACUGGGCCCAGCAGAAGAAACUACAGUGGUCCAGGCAGAGGAGGCUUCUGUCAGACAGACAGACAAGAGUGCAGUGGCCCAGGCCGAAGAAGGCAAACCGAGUCAGGCAGAGGAGACUGUCAGAAAGACAGACAAGAGUGCAGUGGCCCAGGCGGAAGAAGGUAAACCGAGUCAGGCAGAGGAAACUGCUGUCAGCCAGACAGACAAGAGUGCAGUGGCCCAGGCAGUGGAAGUCACAGUGACCCAGGAAGAGGAAGCUGCAGAAGUCCAGGAAGAGGAAGCCGCAGUGUCCCAGGCAGACAAAGCUGCAGUGGCCCAGGAAGAGGAAGUCGCAGUGUCCCAGGCAGAGGAAGCCGCAGUGUCCCAGGAAGAGGAAGCUGCAGUGACCCAGGCAGACAAAACUGCAGUGACCCAGGAAGAGGAAGCCGCAGUGUCCCAGGAAGAGGAAGCUGCAGUGGCCCGGGAAGAGGAAGCUGCAGUGGCCCGGGAAGAGGAAAUCGCAGUGGCCCAGGAAGAGGAAGCCGCAGUGGCCCAAGAAGAGGAAGCCGCAGUGGCCCGGGAAGAGGAAAUCACAGUGGCCCAGGCACCAGAUCUGAAAGAAAAUGGAAUUGAUACAGAGAAACCCAGAUCAGAAGAAAGCAAAAGAAUGGAGCCAAUUGCUAUUAUCAUUACAGACACUGAAAUCAGUGAAUUUGAUGCUAAGAAAUCUAAAAAUGUCCCUAAGCAAUUCCUAAUUUCAAUGGAAAAUGAGCAAGUAGGGGUUUUUGCUAAUGAUAGUGAUUUCGAAGGGAGAACUUCAGAACAAUAUGAAACACUCUUAAUAGAAACAGCCUCUUCUCUCGUCAAGAAUGCUAUCCAGUUGUCUGUAGAGCAGCUGGUUAAUGAAAUGGUUUCCGAGGAUAAUAAAAUAAAUACUCUGUUACAGUGACUCCAUUGCCAGAUCGUGGGAAAGGAAAAAAAAAACAACCAAAACUUAAAGAUGAAUUAUUUUAUACAUCUGUGGCACUUCUUUCUCAGUAAUCAAUUAGAGGCUUAUUGUCUGUGGAAUUUAAAGGUACAGUUCCAGCCCGGAAGUGCUAAAGAAUAAAUGAAGUUUACGGAACUUGUUGCAACAGUCACUUCUGGACUGGAGGGAGUCAGCACACAUCCUAGGGUGCCGUGACGUACAGGAAGGUGCAGAGAUGACAGGCGACGAGCUCAGUGCUCUGGGGAAGACUGUUUACUGAGCACACGGCAUGCUGUAUGUUCCUUGCUGUUCCCUAAUGUCACGAAGUCUGGGCUUUUUCUGACGGUUCAACCCUGUGUCUAGGCGAACGCUUUUCUUUUACAGUAUAUUUUCCUGUUGUUUCUAAUGGUGAAUCAAGUGAGUGGGUUUCUAGCCCUGCACAAGUUCUUUACAAAAGCCAUUCACAGGUUCCUUCGGCCAGGCAGGUAGUUGUCAAAGGUGUAAGCGUGGAAACGGGGAGUGCGUUUUCUUCCCUCCCUGUCUUCCUUCCGCCCAGCAGACCUGUAUAGACCCAUCUCCGUGUGGACCUAUCUGCUGGGACGCGAGAAACAAAUAAAUAAAGGGAAUAGUAGUUUUCAUCCAGAAGGCAAACUUCCCAGAUAACAGAGAAUUCCCUUAGCUGGAAAACCAUAAUAUUCUUGUGAAAAUACUUCUUCUUGGCCAAACAUGAACUGUGUAUACGACUGAAUAAAAAAAAAAAAAAUCAAAAUUCAUGCUGAUGCAUAGAUUUUCAACACCGGUGUUUUUUUCGUUGUGUCUAGCCAUGGUACUGUAACACAGUUCCCAGCUCCACGGGUCAGGGUUCCUAUUGUACAGCACUCCCACCCCGCUAUCUACCCAAGUGAUGAUGUUACUACUCCUUGUUACUGCUGAGGCUGGACAGCGGGUACUACGGCUGUUGAGGAGCGCCCUCUGGAGGACGAGCACCAAUGAUGUUCAUCCGCUCUGCAUUUACAGUGAUUAUGGACUGCAUAUGUACACAUUGCUUUUCCCUAUGCUUUCAUUUUGUAAAUACGUAUUGUGAUCUCUUACAGAAGUAACUAACGUGGCUUUGGAAUUUAACUAAAUGGUGGAUGUUUAGCAAGA